GUGGAUGGUGGCUGUAAUGAAAUUACAUAUGGAAUAGGCGAAAGAGAACUCGAGUGCACCCAAUCUGGAAUUUACUUGUUUCUAUAUGUCCGGGAAUAAUUUUAUGAAUGAAUUUAACACUGUCGGGUUUUUUUUUUUUUAUUGUGAGACAUGUAUAUGCCCGAGGAUGAUAUAUUUUCAGUGGAUUUUCCAGUAGUCAACUGGUCCAGUCUGGUGGUUCGAAGGGAAUUGGAGUGAAAGUCCGCCAUAUUCAUCUUUACCACGCCCGGAGUCGAGUAUUUGGGGAAAACGAUUUCAACGCUUUGGCUACGCUCGCUAAUCAUACAAAUGUUAUCUGCUGCAAGUGUGUUAAAAUGUAAAAAGACGAGAGCACCGUUGCUUCUUUCUUAGGAGGAAAACGUUGGUUUUAUUAAAGGGACUGGGAGAUUGUUACUUAUUGCUAACAAAUUCGACAAACGUUAGCUAUGGAGUUAAUCGACCAAAAGGAUCUGUUGCUUCUAAAGUGAGAGAUAUGCAAACGGCACAUUGGCCUUAUUAGGAUUUAAGUAGGUGUGUGGUGAAAGUUUUGGCGGCUGGUUAACGUAAGGGAAUGAUGCAUAAUUGCAAAAACAUUUGUUUAUGAAUUACGUCGACGGUUAUGAAUCGUCCCCUCCUCCCCAGUAAACUACAGGAAAACUAGCUAAUUAAUACCUACACCCAUGUUCGGACGGAAUUUUUCCUCAAUGGAUUUGCCGAAAAACUCUUAGACACGAAAUAUCUACCUUAGUGUAUUUAUUCGGAGAAUCAUGACUCUUGACUCCAUAAUGGCGUGUUGCCUCAGCGAAGAGGCGAAAGAAGCGAGGCGAAUUAACGACGAAAUCGAAAGGCAGCUCCGUCGAGACAAGAAAGACGCCCGUCGGGAACUCAAGCUACUGCUACUCGGGACCGGAGAGAGUGGGAAGAGCACCUUUAUUAAGCAGAUGAGAAUUAUUCAUGGUUCUGGCUAUUCUGAGGAAGACAAGAAGGGCUUCAUUAAGCUGGUCUACCAGAACAUCUUCACUUCUGUUCAGGCAAUGAUCCGAGCCAUGGACACCCUCCAGAUUCCCUACAAAUAUGAACAAAAUGAGGGCAAUGCAAAUAUUGUUCGAGAAGUGGAUGUAGAGAAGGUCACAACAUUUCUAAAUCCUUACGUAGAUGCCAUUAAAAGUUUAUGGAUUGACCCAGGGAUCCAGGAGUGUUAUGAUCGAAGGAGAGAAUACCAGCUCUCUGAUUCUACCAAAUACUACCUGAACUCACUGGAACGUAUUGCUGACCGAUCGUACGUGCCGACACAGCAAGAUGUGCUCAGGGUCAGAGUGCCUACCACUGGCAUCAUUGAAUACCCUUUUGAUCUCCAGAGUGUCAUCUUCAGAAUGGUAGAUGUGGGUGGCCAACGCUCAGAGAGACGAAAGUGGAUCCACUGCUUUGAGAAUGUGACUUCCAUCAUGUUCCUAGUGGCACUGAGUGAAUAUGACCAAGUUCUCGUCGAGUCGGACAAUGAGAAUCGAAUGGAAGAGAGCAAAGCACUGUUUAGGACAAUCAUAACAUAUCCAUGGUUCCAGAAUUCUUCAGUGAUUUUGUUUUUGAACAAGAAAGACCUGUUGGAGGAGAAAAUAAUGUUUUCACACCUGGUAGAUUACUUUCCUGAGUAUGAUGGCCCUCCGAGGGAUGCUCCGGCAGGGAGGGAGUUCAUCCUGAAGAUGUUUGUCGACCUGAAUCCAGACAGUGACAAAAUCAUCUAUUCUCACUUCACCUGUGCAACAGACACAGAAAACAUCCGCUUUGUCUUUGCUGCUGUCAAAGACACCAUCUUGCAGCUGAACCUGAAGGAAUACAAUCUAGUCUAAAAAGACAAACAACAACAAAACCCCACCUGGUCUAAAAUGUGUGCUGCUCCUGCUUGCAGACUGCAGCUUGACUACAACUGUACAUGGCAUGCAGAGACCAUAUGGGUCAACCUUGAUUUUCCUGAAGGGCAAAUUGCAGACAGAUUACCUUUUUGUCUUUGGACUGUAAUAUUGAUUAAUACAAACUGCUCACUACUGCAUAAUUAUUUAUUUGCACCAUGGAGCUUGUUCACAGGGUCCACAUUGAAUAUUAUUAUUCCAUUUUAAAGAGAAAUUGUUAAUUAACUUUUUAUGAUCAUAAGAGGUAAAUGCAUUUGGAGAAGACCUGCUCUCUUCCUGAUCUUUUCAAGGAAUCAGGUAAUUCCAUAACAGUUAGCUGCAAGAAUGUACACAUUUGGUUUAAUACUAAGGUGACAGAGCAAAAUGUAUGAUGUAAUAUUCGUUGAGGGACAAGAGGUCGUUAGGACAUAAUUAAUACAUUGUCCAUUGUAUUUAAGUACUUCAGGGAGUUGUGGCAUUCUCUUCAAAGUCAGAAGACUUUGCAGGUGCAGGGGGUUACUCUUAAAGAAGUCAGAUUACUGUGCGUUUGUUAUCUUUAUGAUGAGUAAAACUAAAUGAUUAGGAGUUGAAUAGUAGUAUGUUGCAAGUGCCACAUUUUGCUUUAUAUAUAUAUAUUUAAAAAAUAACUAUAGCCUGAUGAAUAUUUGCACCACUAACAUUAGCCGUCCCAUUCAUAUAUUUUAAACAUGAAUUUUUUUUUUCUUUAACACACCACCUGUUUCUAUUAUCUUAAGGAUAUUUUACAUUGCUGUUUUGCUCUUGUAACGUCCUACACAAUUAGCGCUCACUUCGCAAAUUACUGUAAGUCACUCAUCAGUAUUUCAGAAUGUUAAGCCAGUGUAAUGUCACUAGAUUGUCAGUCAGUGCCUAGGAUAUGAGGAAAUUCUUUGUGUGUUUCUCACACUUGAUAGAUAAAUAUUUUUGCCAUAAUUUUGGCUUUAUUAACAUUAACUACCAAAUACUCUCAGUAUGUCACUGGAAUACGUUUGACAUAGAAUGACCAAGAGGUCAGUUUAAUGAAAACAGGCUUUUGGUAUUACCAUUGACUGAAGCAAGGCGGUCUUACCGAAUUGCCAUCUUAAAAGCGGUUGGUGUGAUUUAAUCUAAUGUUGGUAUAUACAAUGAGUGCCUAGUGUUCCUUUCAGAAAGUCCAUGGUACUUCCGAACUCUGCUAGUGGAAGUUUUGGUGAUUAAUGCAAUCUCAGCGGUAUUAUUGGUUGCCAUCAAUUCCUUUUGUCUGAAAUGAGCUUUCAUCAGGUUUACAAAUGUUUAUUGAUGAAGGGCUGCAAUUUUAGAAAGUAACAGUGGUGGUGUUAGUGCUAUGUGAUGUUUGCCAUCAGAACGUUUUAAAAUUAAAGCAUGACCUAGUCCUCAUGAUUCCAAGGGCUUUUGGUGUUAACUUGAUGUCUAAUUCAUUCCUAAAAUGACUGAUAUAAAAUUAAACUACUUGUUUUUAAUCAUGGCAAGGCUUCAGUUUAAUGUUCUGUAAAUGCCAUUUGACAAUCAGUUCAACUUAAAAGUAUGAUGCCGUCUCUGCCUUUGCUUCUGUACUGUUGAGAGCUUCAUGUCAGAAGAUCAUUCAGCUGAGCUGUGAAGGAUGUCUGAAGUGCAGACGUUAACACGAGCCUGGGAACAACUGUGCACCUAAUAGUAGGUUUGUGUUACAGCAUUAAUUGUUGCUCAUUCUUUUUCAUAGCACUGCAGAAUUGUGUUCCAAGGCAAAAAUGAAAGCUUUCCAAAACUAACUAAACUGUUCUCAACAUUCAUGUGGGUUCAGCACAUGAUUCCCUAAGUUCACUAAUUUGAGAAAUGUGAAAUCUGAUUGUGCUUCACAUGAGACCAAACAUUAGCACUGGAAAUAUGAGUCCAGCUCAACCACCAGUUAUGCAGUACAUUGUACCCAUGUUUAGAGGGCUUCUGCAGGGAUGUCAUGGUUUGCAGGUGCUUACUGAUAAUUUGAUGGACCAACCAUGUGAAAAUGCUCGCCUACAGUUGAAUCUGGAUACUCGUGUUGCCGUUACAGGGUUUGAUGAUUCACUUGUUCAACAACAUGCAUCAAGAGGAACAGAAAACAAGUAUAAUUCUAUUGCCCGUUAAGCAUCCCAGACUGAAAGGUGUGGUCUUUUUGGACAGAUUUUAAGUCUUGUUCAGAAGUUGUCAUACCCCAAUUCUAAAUUCACUAGACACUUAAUAUGGUUAAUUCAGAAGGAAUGGCAAACGCAAUGUCUGCCUUUCCCUCGAAAACACUGUGCUGGCAAGUUGUAAUGGUUGCUUUCCUUUCAUCUAGAAAUAGGAGUUUGCUGUUUAUUGUUCUUCAAAACAUUGUCAUAGAACAGUCAUCUAAAAUGCUUUCUAAUCAACUGUUAUGGAAUAAAUUAUUCAAUUUUCUAAACCUGAA